AUGAUGGAAUUAGGAUUGAAGCCAGGAAUGGACGCGCUCCAGUAUGGAAAUGUGUCUUUUUGGGCGGACUCCCGGCGGCUGGGGGAUGGCGACGGUGCCGGGGGCGCUUUCCAGCCCUACCUAGACUCCUUGCGGCAGGAGCUGCAGCAGAGGGACCCGACGGUGCUGUCAGUAGUGGUGGCGCUUCUCGCGGUGUUGCUGACGCUGGUGUUCUGGAAGCUCGUCCGCAGCAGAAGGAGCAGCCAGAGAGCGGUGCUGCUGCUCGGCCUUUGCGACUCCGGAAAGACGUUGCUGUUCGUCAGGUUGUUAACAGGCCAUUACAGAGACACCCAGACGUCCAUUACAGAUAGCUCUGCCACAUACAGAGUCAACAAUAAUAGGGGCAAUAGUCUGACCUUGAUUGACCUCCCUGGCCAUGAGAGCUUGCGGCUUCAGUUCUUAGAGCGGUUUAAGACUUCAGCCAGGGCUGUUGUGUUUGUCGUGGAUAGUGCAGCAUUCCAGAGAGAGGUAAAAGAUGUGGCUGAGUUUCUGUAUCAAGUCCUCAUUGACAGCAUGAGUCUGAAGAACACACCAUCGUUCCUAAUAGCCUGCAACAAGCAAGAUAUUGCAAUGGCAAAAUCAGCAAAGUUAAUUCAGCAACAGCUUGAGAAAGAACUUAACACCUUAUGAGUUACCCGUUCUGCUGCACCCAGUACACUGGACAGUUCCAGCACUGCCCCUGCUCAACUGGGAAAGAAAGGCAAAGAAUUUGAAUUCUCACAGUUGCCCCUCAAAGUGGAGUUCCUGGAGUGUAGUGCCAAGGGUGGGAGAGGGGACCCCGGCUCCGCUGACAUCCAGGACCUGGAGAAGUGGCUUGCUAAAAUCGCCUGAGUGACAGCUCUGAAGCACUGGUCGGGGUGGGGACCGUGUGAGUGACAGUUGGCUGUGGUAGUCUGGAGUUGAUAAAGAAGAGGUAUAAAAUGUGGCUGGAAACA